GAUCCUGUUACAAGCGGGUACAAAUACCAUCCGGGAACCCGGGCAAAAUGUCGUCCAAAUCUUUGCCGCUCCAGACAGAUACUAGGGCAGAAUUGGCUGAAUUGGUGAAGAGGCGAGCUGAAAUUGCGGAGACCCUUGCAAAUCUUGAAAGACAAAUCUACGCAUUUGAGGGAAGCUACCUAGAGGACACCGCCCUCUAUGGAAACAUCAUCCGAGGAUGGGAUCGCUAUCUGACCAAUAAAAACACAAACAGCAAGACGGACAAACGAAACAGGAAAUUCAAAGAAGCAGACCGACUAUUCUCCAAAUCCUCCAUCACAUCACAUGGUUCUCUUGGCUUGUCGGACUCACAACAGCAGCAAGAUAAAAAACCAUCACCUUCACUACCACCGUUGUCUUCCCAAUCUACAUCCUCUAUCUCAACCCCAACCGAUGGAGAAGCCCAUGAGAACCAGAGUAGCCAUGACGGCUCUGCCUCCUCGUCCAAGUCCGAGCCCGAGGCAAAGGCAUCUCAGAACGACGGAGAAGCUGACAAGCAUGGCGCCGGCGGCUCCAAUCACGUCAGCAGCAAGUCACAUGGCAAGUCACAUGGUCACAAGAAGAGGAAAAACAAGAGCCGACACAGGUUAGAGGCGCGGAUUAAGAAGAGUAGACACUCAGAAGAUGCGUAAAUUGAGAAACGACUCAAGAUUCAACUUCAUCCACCUAUUCACAAGAUUAAAGCAACGUGUAUGUUCAAACAACCAGCAAAUCCUAUAUGUGCGGAAAAUUGUAAAAAUGUGAAAGCUGAUGGAACAUGAUAACAUUACAGUGAUAACUAUCAUGAGAUUCGAAUACUCAAGUCUCAUUGGCUGUUUUGAUACACGAUUGUCAAGCAAGUGACUGAAAAAUGAAGCCUCAUUGGCUCUCCAAAUUGGUUGUUACACAUGUGACUUGUAAAAUAAAGCCUCAUUGGCUGGCCAAACAAAUGGUUAAGCAUGUGACUUGUCAAAAAAAGCCUCAUUGGCUAUCCUGAUAGGUGGUUGCCAAGCAUGUGACUGGGAAUCAUUUAGCUCAUUGGCCAUCUCAUAUGGGAUUGCUAUCAUGUGACUCAGAACCAUGUACCUCAUUGGUUGUCCUGAAAGUUGCUUGCUAAGCAUGUGACUUGGACUAAUUUAUCUCAUUGGCCAUCCUCACAUGGGGUUGCUACCAUGCGACUCAUUACCAUGUACCUCAUAGGUUGUCCUGAAAGUUGGUUGCCAAGGAUGUGACACAGAAUCUUUAUUUCAUUGGCUGUCCUGAUAUGGGGUUGCUAUCAUGUGACUCAGAACCAUGUACUUCAUUGGUUGUCCUGAAAGUUGGUUGCCAAGCAUGUGACUUGAAAUAAUUUAUCUCAAUGGCCAUCCUCACAUGGGGUUGCUAUCAUGUGACUCGGAACCAUGUACCUCAUUGGUUGCAUUUGAAUAGCUUCCCUGUUUAUACACCGGGUAACACCGGGGGAAGUCACAAAACGAGGCUUGUCAAAUGCUGUGGUGUAUUUGCCUAGGCACUCUGGGAAAAUUGAGGUCAAAGGUUAUUUUGGGGCGGGACUUUAAAAUGUGAACGCCCUGGGCAUACUGUCUUCAGCUUCACUUGUAAAUUUAGUUUUAUCACUGUAAACAGAUCUGUAAACAGAUCAACAAUGGCUAAAUCGGAAAAUAUGCUAUGUAUUAUCAAAAACAUGUCCAUCCAAUUGAACACCGUUGAUAAUUGACAAUAUUUGUGUCAUAAAUCUCUCGGCUGUACUCACUUCGUAUUCAAAUUCCCGCCAUCUUUAAUCUUCCUUUCAACGAAAUUGUCCACUGACGUCACACACGGGCAGCCACCAGAGACCAGCUCGCUAGCUGGGGCAGUGGUGGUUGACACCGGGGCAGACACGAGGAUCACAUGAUAGCUAAUCGAACGCUCUCGUGUAGGUUUCACUUACACACGUAAGCUAAUAAAACGCACCCAUUGGUUGUCCUGAUGGGCGGUUGCUGACCAUGUGACUUGGAAAAUCUAGCCUCAUUGGCUGUCCUGCUAGAGCAAGUCCGGGUGACUAGAGGUUGAUUUGUGAUGGAACUUACGCCUGUGCACAAACAGCAACUUGCAGACAUCUCUAGUCAAAUGCUGGACGAAACGUCAUCCAAAACGCCUUGAUCCUGGCUCCCUGCUGUGCAUUAUAAUGCGCGUGGCUGUUGGUUACCAGUGAUGUAACCGUGCCGUGGACUCUGGGUCGGAGCAGUUGACUAGAGUAGCCCGACGUUCGAGUGAAGUUAGUCGAACUAUGUUUGACCACAGUCCUCAUUGGAACUUGCUGUACGUCGCUGGAUAAAGCUGGGUGCGUAGUGUAAACCUCAAACGACUUAAAAGUCAAAAGAGCGAGUAUAAAUUAUGUACUUGGUUGACUUCUAAUAUAGGAAGGGAUAUGCCCACAUACAUGUAAAUUUGGCAAACUGUACCGAGUGUCCCACAAAAUGCAACAGGCCAAAAGUAUUUGAUUUAGACUGAGUAGCGUUUGUUCAUGUGUUAAAAUUUGUUUUGUUAUAUUUUCUUCUUUCUAUGCAAGUACUGUGUAAUCUGUUUAAUACUCUUUUAAGUGUUGUACAAACUUUAAUCGUAAAGACUAGUUUUGAAGGGUGCGGUGUUCGUAUGUGUGUGUGUUUUCAAUAAUGGUAUUUUUUGACCAACCAAGGCCGGAAAACAAAAGGCUCCAAGAUUGUAGACAACACGACUAGAACUUUUAUGGAAAGAGAAAAAUGUUGGGUGU